AUGAUGUCAUCACUUUAGCUUUUGCAUUAAAUCCAUCGUUGAGACAUACCCUUGAUGCAUCUAUAAAUCUUCAACGAGCGCAUUGCUAAAACAAAAACGAGCAAAUCAAAGUUUGUGUGUGUUGUUUAACAUUUGUAAGUGUGGUUCAAAGCGGUGUGGUAAUGUGGUUAGUUCAUAUUUUGUCUGUAGGAUUUUUUCUGUAUAGUGACUCUUAAGUACAAUAUUUUCUAAUAACUUUGGGACUUGGGUCUUGGGAGCACCGAUCAAGGAUACCUACCAGACAAGUUGAAGUGCUGGGUAGGACAAGGAGCGACUCAGGCAGGGUUGCUGCAUGGAUUAGUGCGCGUCUGACGGGCCCCGCUGCCGCCGCUGGUCGCUCACGCUGACAGUCCGCUUACCGUGCCAUGUCGCUGGACGAUGUACCGCCAAUGGUGCGUCCGGUGCUGGCCGGUCUCGGCGUGGUGAUUGUCACUGCGCUGGCCGCCAAAAUGUACCUCUGGCGCCGGAAGAGCCGCGGCCCGCCGCGCGCCCUGCAGGACCCCAAUGUCAAGUACCCUCUGCGACUGAUCGACAAGCUGGUGCUGAGCCCCGACACGCGCCGCUUCCGGUUCGCGCUGCCCUCCAAGGAGCACGUGCUCGGCCUGCCGGUGGGUCAGCACGUCUACCUCUCCGCCCGCAUCGACGGCAACCUGGUGAUCCGGCCGUACACGCCCGUCUCCAGCGACGAUGACUUCGGAUACAUGGACCUCGUCAUUAAGGUGUACUUUAAGAACGUGCACCCCAAGUUCCCUGACGGCGGCAAGAUGUCCCAGUACCUGGAGAACCUGCCGCUGGGAGAGACGGUGGAUGUUCGCGGCCCCUCCGGUCUGCUGGUGUACACCGGGCCGGGCGAGUUCAGUGUCCGCCCCGACAAACGCACUCCCCCGAAGACGGUGCUGGCCGGUAAGGUGGGGAUGAUCGCCGGCGGCACGGGCAUCACGCCGAUGCUGCAGCUCAUCCGGCAGGUGUUCAAGGACCCGUCGGACAGCACGGAGCUGUGGCUGCUGUUCGCCAACCAGACCGAGGACGACAUCCUGCUGCGAGACGAGCUGGAGCAGCUGAGGGACGAGCACCGCGACCGGUUCCAGCUCUGGUACACCGUCGACCGGCCCGCGCAGGACUGGCAGUACAGCAGCGGAUUCGUGACGGCCGAGAUGAUCCAGGAGCACCUGCCUCCGCCGGGCCCCGACACGCUGGUGGUGAUGUGCGGCCCGCCUCCCAUGGUCAACUUUGCCUGCCAGCCCAACCUAGAGAAGCUCGGCUACGCGGCCGAGCGCCGCUUCGCCUACUGAGCGGUGUGAGAAGGUGGACAGCCUGGUGCGCGGUGUGAGAUUCAGUGGCAGCCCGCUGUCGGUAGCGUGUGGACGCAGGGUCGGGAACAUGUAUCUGGGGACCGUAGGGCGGGGAAGGGGGGGGGGGAGGCGCCGGUUAUGAGGCGUCCUCUGCGAGUAGACCGCCGGCCACUGUCAGCGCUCCAGCCGAGCGAGGGGAGGGUUCGGAACCAAGGGCGGCUUUUGGAACGAAUAUGUCACUGGAAUCGAGGGUCGUCCUUGGACCAGUGAUAUCAGUGAUUGCAGGGGUGAUUACUUCUCGCUGGGCGCCGCAGUUAAUGAUUGAGUUGUUCUUCGUUAACGAAGGUGAUCGGCCUAUGGAGCAGCAUCUGUCCUUGACUGACGCAGCUCGUUUCCGCGACUAAAGCAGCCGCAUCCUGUUAAGCUCGGGAUGGCGUCGUAGCAAAGUCGUGGCUAUAAUAUCAUACUGUGCCAGACUGGUGAUCCAUUAAUCGAAAUAUAUUCUAGUUGUUCUAUUA